UUUUCUUUUAAAUCCACUGCAGUCCAGCCAUGGUAAAGCGGAGUUUGAUGAUGGGUGGAAUGGAGGUAACAUCCAUUAAUGAUCUCCGCUAUGAUUAUGAAGAUCAUGAAUCUUAUGACAGGUGUGAGGAUGCCCCAACAAUAGUUGUCACAGUUGCGGAGGUGAAAAAAGGAGCAAAAAGGAAGAAACUUCACUGUCGAAAGAGAAAGCAACGCAUUUCAAAGGUACAAAGAACCGAAGGAAGAGAUAAUGUUGGAGGAGUUAAUGCUGCUGCUGCUGCUGAUGAUGAUGAGUAUGAUGAUGAUAUUGAUAAUGAUGAGGAUGGUGAUACUGGCGACAGAAACCCCUCAGAUAUUAUUGAUGACGAUAGGGUUGAGUUCAGCAGCAGACUACGUGGACAGCUCGGAAUCGAACUUCUAGCAGACAUUGAUCGUUCCUGUUUAAAAGAGGUUAACAACAAGCGCAUGAUCCUUGGCCUGACCGUUGAGGCAACGUGGGUGAGAUUGACCUGUAUGGAGUUGAAUGAUGUUGCUGCCUUCAGAGAGGUGCAGAAAAAGCCUCCACGAGAAGAUGCUCCUCAUAUUGCCACUAUCUAUUAUACCAGAGCAUAUGAUAUGCUUGCAAGAAGUGAUCGUAGUGUGUUGAUAUAUAUCAUGCGGUACUUGCUGUUCCUAUCAAAUGACACUGCUGAGUCCCACUUGCCCAAGCUUUUGCAUGGAUUUUUAAGGGAUUAGGGAGCAUUUUAAGGGAGGUACCAAAUUGGUUUUUGCUCUGUGUAAAAUCCAUUUGGCGGGCCAGGCAAUCAUCUUUUUUGAUUUUUGCUUUCUUCACAAUGAUCCUUCCUAAGGUCACUACGCUCUUUUAACUGUGCUCCCUUCACCCUUUACAUUUAGAUUAGGGAUUCCAGAUAUGUUGGAUAUGAAACUUGUUCGAAUAACCAGUUUCAUGAUUUCACACCAUCACCACUGAAGUCAAUUUGAAAGGCUUCUGCCUCUUAACUUUUAGAAAGUUAUGGAAAUCCUACUUUGGAGGUGGAAGGCUGAACACAUGAACACACAAUAGAAAAGGCAGAAAUUUAGUGUCACAGUGUAUAGAGUGGAGCCUUCUGAAUUUCCCCUUCGGGGAUUAGGACCUUGAUCUACUUAUUGCAGGUGAGGAAAGAGCCUGGUUGAGUGAUUGGAUACAUUAGUGGGGCAAGAUGUUCAGUAAUUCGAGAACCAUUUGUCAGACAUACACAAAGUUUUGUAGCAGGAUGUUAGGAAAGGGCCGGUUAUGACCUUUCAUUUCUGGCUAGAGCGGAGGUAAAUUAUGCUGGUUAACAUUUUAGUGCAUCGUUCCAUCAAUGAAACAAGUCUUAAGCUGUGUUCACACUAGAGCUUUAAAACGAUAUAGGAACGUUCCAGCGAGUUAUAACGAUAUGUAGCUAUUGAUACACAAGGCCUACAACGAUUGAAAAUACUCGGGGCUAAAUCGCCAAUUUAAGCGUUUUCCUCCCACAGUUCUGGUUUAAUUGAUGUAAGUCCCAACAGUGUAGCACUGCAAUACGGGUAGAACCCUAACCGCCAGGCUUACGCAACUGAUCGUACAUCCCUUUCAUGGCAUUGGCAACUUGAGUACUGUUAUGUUUAUUGAAAAUCACUGGUGCCAGGAUGUAUCGCUCAUAACUGCCCUAUUGAUAUAACAAUGCCGGUAUGAAUGGUUAUCCCCGAGUUUUAAAAUGAUACAGGGCAGUGUGAAUAGUAUAGGAGCGUUUUUACCGUUGGGUGAGGGAGCAUUUUGAAUGAUUUAAUGGAAAACGGCUUUAGUGUGAACACGGCUUUAAAGUCCCAUGAUGGUUCAGCCUCUGGGUACUUUCGUACAUGUUCGUGUAUAGUAAGUAUUCACAAAUUGUUCAUUCAUAUUGUCAUUCCACGGGCACUAAGGAUUUUCACUUUAUGAUGUUUGAUCAUGUGCAGCAAAUGUAUGGCUUAAAAAUGAUAUGAUCUCCUUAUAUAUUGCUAUGUAUUAUAGAGAAAGCUGCCUAUUUUUAUGUAGAUGAAUAAAACAAAAAUAUAUAAUGCAAAAUUAUA